AUGUCCAUUGGUUUGAUCAAUUUAGAAAAAAGAGAAGAAGGAACUGAGCUGAAGGAUAAAAUUAAUCUGGAAGAUAUCGGCGAUUUAUAUGAGAUGAACAAACAGGAACCUUCACAGCGAUCUCUAUCUGUCUUGCUUUAUUUAACAUUGACACACUUCGGAGUUAGCUGGAGAAAGACUGAGGAAUUCAUGCAGCGCAUUGGUGGAAUGUCGCCACAAACGUGUCAUAAAUGGGCAGAAACGUUCAUAGAAGAAGACUAUGAUGAUUUCGUUGAAGAAAACCGAGGCGCAAGCAUGGAGAUUCGAGCAACAAGAAAGAAUGCGUCAUUCACUUCACUGGAGUUGGCUAGAUAUUUGGAUGAUCAGUACUAUGAAUUGACGGGGGAGGUCAAAGCAACGGAUCAACUGAUCCGAUCAGAAAGAUUGUGUAGACUAGAUCUACGGCGUUACGGCUGUAAGUUUGACAAAAACUCCCAGAAGCCUUAUUGGAUCGGCCAUGAACGGUCUGAUGUUAUUGAAGCUAGGAAUGAAUUUGUCAAAACUUUUCUUACGAACAAAGAUCAUUACUAUUUGGUGUCAGAUGGCAAUGAUCCAUACUGGGUGGUUCCCAAAAAAAAUUCAACGAUUCUGCUCUGUAGGUUCGAUGAUAGGCUCUUUUCCUCUAAGUCGUUUUUCUUUCCUGUUUCUUGUAGUCCACGACGAGUCCUGCUUUCGUAGUGGAGAAACUACUGCACGUCGGUGGUUCUUCUCAGAAGAAACUACAAGAUUCUUCAACAAGGGGAAGGGACGCUCGCUCAUGUUUAGUGAAUUCCUUGUUUCGUGUCCAGAAGGUCCUUUCUUCGAAUUGUCCAAUGAGGAGUGGGCAGCUGCUGUUACAAGACAUGGUGAUUUGUCAGACGGUAGCACGAUGAAGUAUCUGCCCAGAUCAGCAUCAGCUUCAAUACAGGUUGGCGUAGACGGCUACUUUGACAAUGACGCGGUCAUAGAACAAUUCACCCGUCUCUUCAAACUCUUACCAUUCAAGAAGUCUUAUGAAGGGCAUAAAAUCAACAUCGUUGUGGACAAUGCCCGAACUCAUUCAGCGAGAGAAUAUUCGCUGAAUGAGUUUGAUAAAGGGAUCGGUACCAGAUGUCCUGUCAAAUCGAUUCAGUACAUCGACGAGAAAGGGAACAAAAAUAGAAUAGAAUGUUACUUCAAAGGAGGUGAAAAUAACGGAAAGUCGAAGGGACUUCUGAUACUAGCUCGUGAGCUGAAAUUGACAAUUCCAGACAGGAUUCUACUUCCCGAAUUAAACAAUUACUUGAGCAGCACAAAGCCUUUCAAAACGUAAGAUGACUCGUCUUUCUUUCUCCUCUAUUCAUCACGUCUAUUAUGUACAGACUGCGUCCAACGAACGGAAGGAAAUGAAACAGAUCUUUUAAAGAUGGCUUCGUCUGGCGUGCCCGUAAUCAUUUGCACCAGAAACCAUUUAGUUUUAUUCUUCAAGAAACGACGUAGAGACGUUUAACAUAUUACAGAGAUCUGUUGCCAAAUGAGAACAUGUUAAUGGUCCACUCUCAAACGUCGUUCUCGUUCUGAUCUUUCUCUAUUCUUUUCUUUUUACCUUAUAAAAGAAAAGUGUAUAUGCUUAGCGUAGACGUUUUAUUAUUGGCGUGUUUAGAUCUCACAUAAGAGUUGAUCGCUCUCCUAACAGAAAAGAAAAGAAUGAAAAGUAUGUUAUUAGAAAAUGAAUGGGGUGGGCAGAAGAUCUGUUGCGACCAGAGCACUGCAGGUUGAUCCUAACCUAGG